AAGGGAAGGCAUAGAGAGGCAAGGACUAAAGGUGGGACUGGAAAAGGCCAAAAUAUAUUGAAUCACAAACUGCAAAUCCACUUUUGGAUAGAACACUAUGUGAGUGUUUGUGAAUUUGCUACCUAUUUAUUGAUGAGAGAGAGAGAGCCCAAGCCAGUUUUGUAAGAGUAUCCAAUAAUCAGAGAACUCCUAAGCCUCUCCCAGUCUCACCCCAAUUCUUUGCAUCUGGGCUGGGCUCUAAUCUGAUGAAGGUGGGAUUAGAUGGCAUGAGGGUAUUACGGACAGAUAAAUCAAGAUGCAAAGAUCUUUUCAUCUGCUGUGAAGAAGGCAACUGGACGGCUUCUUGGAGCAACAUUCAGCUCAACCACUGUUUAAGGGGCCUGAAGGAGAACCAUCAGCCACCCAAGGACCAUCAGAAUGAGUGACAAUACUACUUUGGUUCCUCCAAGCUCAAACCAGGGUCCCACCAGCCCACGCAAAGGGCCCCCCAAGUUCAAGCAGAGGCAGACUCGCCAAUUCAAGAGCAAGCCUCCUAAGAAAGGUGUGAAAGGGUUCGGAGAUGACAUUCCAGGCAUGGAAGGGCUGGGAACAGAUAUCACAGUGAUUUGCCCUUGGGAAGCAUUCAGCCACCUGGAGUUGCAUGAGCUCGCUCAGUUUGGGAUCAUCUGAGGCACUCUCAACAGCAUCUGCUAUAACUUUGAUUUCUUUUUCCCUAUUGAGUUUUAAAAUGUGGUCUUGUUCAGAAGUGGUUUCUUUUUCCUACACAGUCAUUUUCUAUAAGUUGCUACUAAGGGUUCUAGUGUCAGGCUCUCUCACAGAGUACAGAUUAGCUCAGAAUAGUGAGUAAACAUCAACUUUUGUUAAGGCAUUUCAAACCCGACCACCUUUUUCUAUCAGCUGGUUAGAAGUCCUAAAUAUUUCUCUAAUUUUUUUUUGUUUGUUACGUCCUUCAAAUCUAUUUUUGCUAGACAUUCUUUAUGAUUAGUAAGUAGUAAGCUUCUAAAAUAACAUUUAUGUCACUCACCUCCCCUUCUCAUUUAAUAAAGAAGAUAUUUACUUUGA